AUGACGUCAGACAUGAGUUAUGUUCUGUUCACUGACGGAACCAGGGUGACCCUUGAUGGACCUGAUGGUCGGGCAAAUGGUUGGGUCUAUUUUGGAGAUCACCAACGUUUACGAUGUCAACAACAGGGUGGAGGAGUCAUGUUGUGGACUGGUAUCAUAGGGGACAGACUUGUUGGCUCAGUCAGGAUGCCUGAAGGAGUUAAUGUGAUGGCAGUAGCCUACUACAAUCUCCUGAAGGAGGUCUUGGAUCUCUGGCUAGAUAACAUGCUGCUGUCACUUCUGAGGAAUCUCAUAUUCAUGCAUGACAAUGCUCCUGCCCACUCUGCUGGGACCACCCAAAGAUUACUAGGUCUUACAGCAUACAAGGUGAAAGGUUGA